ACAACUGUAUGGUUCCUCUCAGCGAUACCCCGCGGAAGUUGGUUUAUAGAGAGAGGACGGGAUGUUGUUAAUUCUUCUGAAAUAGUGUGAAACACGUAAGCAUUUCCCCGGGCGUUUUUUUAUUCAGUUACAGAAACAGAGAAACGGUACGAGCCUGUUGGAGCAAGAUGUUGGAGUGCGGCAUGCAGGAGCGAGACAGACUGGCUCUCCGGACGCGCUCCACCGUCCUGUGCAAACAGCUGGUGGUGGAUGAGCUGCUCAUUCAGUCCCUGCAGACAGACGAGAUCCUGACCGAGGCCAUGGCCGAGAACAUCAUGGCUGAGCAAACAUCCCAGAAACGAAGUUGGCGCUUACUACUACUCUUACCGAAGCGGGGACCCAGAGCCUUUAGCAGCUUCUGUUCAGCUCUUCAGGAAACUGAGCAGCAGCACCUGUAUGAACUGCUCAUACAAUCUUCAGAAAAAGAUGGCAAAGAGACACCGGGAAUGAGAUUUCAGCCUGAGGAAGAGCCAGUCAUGCCGACAACUGCAAAGAGGAGAGAGAGGUUCAUUGACUCUUCUCUCCCACUUCCCACUCAAGAAGUCGUUGCUGCCAAGAGAGCAAGGACACAGGCAGAAUCCAUGGAGUUCAGUCUGGAUGCAGACAGUCCCAUUAACAGUCCUGUACUCCCUUGCACUCCUGACUUCUACCUUUCACACUGCCAUCAGUCUUACCGAAUGAAUUCCUCCCCUCGUGGCUUCGCUCUGGUGAUUAGUAACGUGACCUUUGAUCCUUGUGCUGCGCCUGACCUUGACCCUCGUAAAGGAGGUGAGGUUGAUGACGAGGUCCUCAGGAAGGUCUUCACUGAGCUGGACUACGUUGUCAAAGUCCACAGAGACCUCACUGCUCAGGACAUGAGGACGUGCAUUGAGGAAUUUAGUCGUCGACCAGAUCACCGAACAAUGGCCAGCUGUGUGGUGUGUCUGCUCUCCCAUGGAGUGGAAGGAGCUAUUUAUGGUACAGACGGACAGCUCCUGAAGCUGGACUGGGUGUUUGAGUCCUUUGACAAUGCGCACUGUCCCCUGCUGCAGAACAAGCCAAAGAUGUUUUUCAUCCAGGCCUGUCGAGGAGAGGAGAUGGACUGUGGAGUGGAGCAGAUAGAUGGACCAGUGAGGACCUGCUCACCAAGCUGCGAGCAACGGGAUGCGGGGAGGGAGGGACAAGGGGAUGCAAGCGCCAGACAAAGAGGGGACAUGGGGAGGAUCAAACUACCGCAGCGGUCUGACAUGAUCUGCGGCUUUGCAUCUCUCAAAGGUCAGCUCGUUUGCACAGCAGCCAUGCGCAACACCAAGAGGGGAUCCUGGUUUGUCCAAGAACUCAACAAGAGGCUGCGUCUCCAUGCCAGAGACACGCACCUCGCAGACAUCAUGGUGCAGGUCAACAGACACAUAAAGGAGCGGGAGGGUUACGCUCCUGGCACCGCCCACCACCGCUGCAAAGAGAUGUCCGAGUUCACCAGCUCGUUGUGCAAAGACCUCUACCUUUUCCCCAAGUACCAGCCCCAGUAUUGAUACAUGCAAAUGCAUCCAUACACAGAUUAACACACACACACAUUCCUAGCAGUGAAGCUCCUUUUUAAUAAGCCACUCUACGCUCCAUUCCCCUCCCAUUACUGCAACACACUCACACAUUCCUCCUUUACAACUUCACAUCCAAGAAGAAGAUUUGUUAAUUCGUAUUUGCCUGUAAUCACUGCUGCCUCAGACACGCACGGACACACACUUGUGCGUACACAAAAAGGAAAAAGGAGCGAGCUAAUGUUGAUCUACAUGUACUCUGAUAUGGGCAGUUUAUUUACCACUUACUCAUGCAUCUGUGUGUCUGCGUCUAUGCCAGUUAGAAGGUUUAGUUGGUAAUCCUUUUUAAUCAGAGACAGAAUCCUCCUUUGUUCUCUUACUGCACAGCUAUGUUGGGGUUUUGCUCUCUUUUCAAGAUGUAUUUUGUACACAGAUCUAUUUUUGUGGAUUUAUUUUAUACAAAACUGUUUUUAUAAGGAUUUUUAAGCCCAUUCUCUCCAUCUGUAUAUAAUGUUUGUUAUAAGUUGUGACCAUUUCUGGUUUUUCGAAUAGUGACCGGUAGAGGGCAGCACAGCAGAGACAAAUGCAUUUUUACGUCUCUUUCAUCACCAUAUUUGCAGUUCCUUUGCAGACAGAUGUUAUUUUAGGUAUUGUUGCCUACAGUGACGAUGAAACCGUAAAUCUUUGCGGCAAGUUUUGACUUGCUCCCUUUGAUAUUUUUCCCUUUUAAAGAGGAAAAAAAGAUCGAUACAGCUACUUCAAAACAAAACCUCGAAUUGUUUGUCAUUUAUUUCUGGCUUUUUUUUUUUGUCAUCAGGAAAAUUCAGCUUUAUCACUUUAAACUUCAUAAAGGGCACCAAGUGUAAAUUGAUUUUAUAUCUUUUCCUGUGGGUGGUUCGCCUUCAGGGGCUUGUGGUGCUACUUGUGGUCAGCAUACGCCUACAUUGUGAACUCUGACCUUUGUGCUGACUCUGAUUCCUAAUAUUGUGUCUUCCUGUGGGUGGGAGAUGCACAUUUUAGUGAGUCCAGUUUGUGUGGUAUUUUACUGUAUCUAAUACAGUAGGGCUCAAACAUGUUUUUCCAUAAACAAUUGUUUUUCAUUUUUACAAUAGCCCGUGCCAAAUAAGGAUGCUAUACUAUAUGCAUUUAUGACCACAGAGCUUUCCUAAAUAUGUUCUCUCUCUUUGGUAUAUUCAGAGAAAUCCGUUUCUCAACGCCCAGGAAAGCGCCGGUCAGACGGUCUGCGUUCAGUCCCGACAGUGUUGUAGUGGAGGAAACAGAGUUUACGUUGUGUGCAUGAGGUUGUCACGACUGGUUUGAAAGCAUGGGGUAAACCUCUCCCUUGUUGGGAAGUUGCUAACUCUUCUUCUUUCUCUUUUCGUUUGUAGUAAUUACUUGAACACAAACAUUAGAGUAGUAUAAAAGGGUGACACUCCUGCAACGAGGGGGGGGUGGGGGGCACGGUUUUGAAGGUUGAUAUUUGCUGCCAGACUUUUCCGAGGUGCAAGGUUGAGGGGGGCCGGGAGAGAUGUUGUUUCUGUCGACACCAAUGACUGCCAAAUGUUCUUUACAAUAAACGGGCCGUGGUUGUGAACCAAGACAAA